AUGAUAAUAGAUUCAGAUUCUUUUGAAGCCAACUUCUCCAAAUUACCUUAUGAUAUAAUGCUCCAGAUAAUACAGUACCUUCCAGGAGAGUAUAUCAAGGAAUUCUUUCUUUAUUGGCAGAGUACAAGACAACUAAUUAUCAAUAAUUACUACAGUAAAGAAUUACACUGCAUAGUCACACCUUUAAGGAAACAGAAACAUAUUUGUGUAGAUGGAACCAUAGAUAAUGAUAUCUACGACCUUCACUAUUUUGGAGAAAUUGACGAAUUCUUUGCUAUGAAUCCUGAUAUAAUCCCAAGGAAAUUGGUUUUCAUAACCGGAACUGACUUCUAUUUCAUGUUCAAAUUAUUCACCAUGUAUAAAGAUAGAAUACUAAGAUCUAAAGAUGUAGAAAUUUUAAUGGAUGGAUGCCAAUAUCAGAACGAAGACUUCGAAUAUAUGUUAAAGAGUUUGACCAACAUAUCCCGACUUCAAUUAGGAGGAUUCAAGUUCAAUAAGAUUAAAGAAGUUUUGAAUAAUGAAUUACCUAAGAUGGAAAACCUUACUAAUCUUCAAUACAUAGGACAUGAUGUUAGAGAUUGGUCUAGUUUUAAGUUCCCACCCAAUAUAAGAAGUUUGGAUUGUUCAUGGUUUUCGUUCACGAAUAUUCUAACUUUGGAAAUACCUCCACAAUUGACGGAUUUAUAUAUGAAUUAUUGUGACAUCAAAUCUGACACUUUAGAGGAACUAUCACCAAGACUACCAAAGAACUUGAAAGUCCUCAUGAUUACCUAUAAUGCAAUCGAAGAGUUUAAUUGUAAUCUUAUACCACCAUCUGUGGAAAAAUUAGACCUUCUGUACAAUAAAACCAAAAGAUUCGUUUCCAAUCAUCAGAAUAUUUGGCCCGAAAACCUCGUGGAAUUGAAUUUGGGUUUUAAUCAUCUUGAUGAUCAAGGUAUAGCAUCAUUAUCAUCGCAACAAUGGCCCGAUUUCUUAAAGAUCCUAAGAAUUGAUAAUAAUAAGAUAUCCAAUAUCUAUCUAUUGAACAAUUUACCCGAUUCAAUAGAAGAUUUAGAUCUUAACUUUAAUAAUUUAAGAUUUGAAGUGGAAGGAAAGAAUUUGAAAGAGUUCAAAUUCCCUGCUAAUUUGAAACGUUUGAAUCUUUCAAAUAAUCGUCAUUUGAUUUCCAAUUUCAUGCCCGAACUUUCUACCAGGAUAAAUUUCCCUCCGGAGUUGGAGCAUUUGAAUUUAAAUGGAUGUGGAAUCAAUGAUUUGAAAUAUUUCAAACUCCCAAGUUCACUUAAAGAGCUCAACUUACAGGCUAAUUCUAUACAAGAUCUUCAUUCUGUUGACUGGAAACGUUUAGUGCACUUGAGAGAUAUAAAUCUUUCCAUGAAUAAGAUAGAAUCUUUGCAAGGAUGGAUGUUCCCUCCAAAUGUUGAAAAAUUAGACUUUACUAAGAACAAACUUUCUAGCUUAGACAAUUUGAUGCCUAUAUUCAAUCAUCAGUACAAUGGUCAAUCGAAGUUCAAACAGUUGAUCUUCGAAGAUAAUGUGAUCUCUGAUAUAUCUAAUAUUCAGAUCCCUUCUCAUGGAGUUAACCUCAUACUUACAAGAAAUAGAUUACCAACAACCCUUCAUUUAUCUGAAGAAUUAUUGAAAUUGAACGAGCUCGACGUCAGUUUGAAUGAAAUCGAAGAUAUAACAUACGAAAAAUCAUUGCAUCCCCAACCAUUAAGAUAUUUAACCUUACAUUCAUAUCCAGGAGACCGUCAUAGACCUCAAAAAGGAAUUGCUGUAUUAUACGAGAAAAUUGAAGAAGCUAUAGGACAUAAGAUUUUGAAAAAACAGUUUUCAAUCAACAACAUUGACUUGAAAGCAGGAAUUUCUGCCUUUAAAUGGGAUAAGUAA